AGGGAUGCCGAGCUCCAUUUCCAUCCCUUUCCAUCUCCUCCCAUUUCCUCUCAACCCCUCCCUGCUAGUGCGUUGCAACAUCUUCAGACGCAGAGAACUGCACCCAGCCAACGGGGCCUCCCAAAGCUCCAACCUGCAGCCCAGGGCACAGCCACAGUUGCUAGAAAGGAGACCAGCAGCGGCAGCAGCAGCAGCAGCAUCACUACUAGGUGUAUCGCUAUGGCCAAGAGUCGCAGGGACAGAAACAGCUGGGGUGGGUUUUCAGAAAAAGCUUAUGAAUGGAGCUCAGAAGAAGAGGAUACCUUGAAAAAGGCAGGGCCAGUUCAGGUCCUCGUCAUGAAAGAUGAUCACUCCUUCGAAUUAGAUGAAAUUGCACUUAAUCGUAUCCUUCUCUCAGAAGCUGUCCGGGACAAAGAAGUUGUUGCUGUUUCUGUAGCUGGAGCAUUUAGAAAAGGAAAAUCAUUUCUCAUGGACUUCAUGUUGAGAUAUAUGUAUAACCAGGUGUCUGUUGAUUGGAUUGGAGAUUACAAUGAACCACUGACUGGCUUUUCUUGGAGGGGUGGAUCAGAACGAGAAACCACAGGAAUUCAGAUAUGGAGUGAAGUCUUCCAAAUUAACAAACCUGAUGGCAAAAAGGUUGCAGUAUUAUUAAUGGACACUCAGGGGACGUUUGAUAGUCAGUCAACUCUAAGGGAUUCAGCCACAGUAUUUGCCCUUAGCACUAUGAUCAGCUCAAUACAGGUAUACAACUUAUCUCAGAAUGUCCAGGAAGAUGACCUUCAGCACUUACAGCUUUUCACUGAGUAUGGAAGACUGGCCAUGGAAGAAACAUUUCUGAAGCCAUUUCAGUCCUUAAUAUUCCUUGUCCGAGACUGGAGUUUUCCAUAUGAAUUUUCCUAUGGAGCUGAUGGUGGUGCCAAAUUUUUGGAAAAACGGCUUAAGGUCUCAGGGAACCAGCAUGAAGAACUUCAGAAUGUACGAAAGCAUAUCCAUUCCUGUUUCACCAAUAUAUCCUGUUUUCUACUACCUCAUCCUGGCCUAAAAGUUGCCACCAACCCAAAUUUCAAUGGAAAACUCAAAGAAAUAGAUGAUGAAUUCAUUAAGAACCUGAAAAUUUUGAUCCCUUGGCUACUUAGUCCUGAGAACCUAGAUGUUAAAGAAAUCAAUGGAAAUAAAAUCACCUGCCGAGGUCUAGUGGAAUACUUCAAGGCUUAUAUAAAGAUCUAUCAAGGAGAAGAAUUACCCCAUCCCAAAUCAAUGUUGCAGGCCACAGCUGAGGCUAACAAUUUAGCAGCUGUUGCAACUGCCAAGGAUACAUAUAACAAAAGAAUGGAAGAGAUUUGUGGGGGUGACAAACCAUUUCUAGCACCCACCGACCUGCAGAACAAACACCUGGAACUCAAGGAGGAAUCAAUUAAGCUGUUCCGUGGGGUCAAAAAGAUGGGUGGGGAGGAAUUUAGCCGUCGUUACUUGCAACAACUGGAGAGUGAAAUAGAUGAGCUCUACAUACAAUAUAUCAAGCAUAAUGACAGCAAGAACAUUUUUCAUGCAGCACGCACCCCAGCCACACUGUUUGUGGUCAUUUUCAUCACUUAUGUCAUUGCUGGUGUAACGGGAUUCAUUGGUUUGGACAUUAUAGCCAGCUUAUGCAACAUGAUCAUGGGACUGACCCUUAUCACUCUCUGUACCUGGGCGUACAUCCGAUAUUCUGGGGAAUACCGAGAAUUGGGAGCAGUUAUAGACCAGGUGGCUGCUGCCUUGUGGGACCAGGGAAGCACAAAUGAGGCUUUAUAUAAACUCUACAGUGCAGCAUCAACCCACAGACAUUUGUAUCAUCAUGCUUUUCCUGCAUCAAAAUCAAACCCUACUGAAGAAUCAAAACGCAAGAAAAUGUAAUCCACAUUUUAAAAAUAGGUGCAUGAACAUUUAUCCAUUAAAUCAUCAGUUACAUGUAUCCAUGUACAUAUUUUAAAGUAUUUAAGAUUAAAACAAAAAAUUGAAAAUCGUCUGUUUCCUCUUUAAGUAUUUAAUAAGCAAAUAUAAGCAUGGUUUCCCAAUUUUUCUGUGACACAUAUUAUAAGUUAAUAUUAAAAUGUAUUCUCUUAUUUAUUAAUAUAAUACAUGUGUUCCACUUGAAUUCACUAACUAAUACUACUGGCUUAUAAUUAAUUUAAAUGUGUAGUGGUAUUCCUACAAGUUUCUAUAUGCUAAUUUGAUUUCUGAAGAAAUAAACUAAAAAUCAUAUAAGUAUUUGUAUAAGCAUAGUAUAGUAAUCCAAUGUUUGAUACAUACUAUAUCACCUUAUAUGUACUAUGAACUCUUAAUUAUUUUAAGUACACUUGAUAGAACCUUUUCAUUUGCUGUGCCAAAAACUGAAGAUUUUUUUCCUUUAUCAUGAUUAAAGCAGUGCUUCUAUUUGUCAUAAAUGAACAAAAAAGACUUUUGCACAUAUAUUUGAAAGUUUUACUGUCCUGUAUUCUUUUUUCCACUUAGAUUAUAUAAAAUGUAUUCUUUACAGGUUUAUUCUUUGACCAGAUGGAACUAUUAUUAAAGUUCACUUUCCUGAGAGAUUGAUUAUAAGUCAUUAGAAUAUUUGAGAGGUUUGUAAAGGUUAUCACAAUUUAUAAACACUAUAUUUUUACAAAAAUUGGAUUUUGUUAAAAAUGUACUUUGAGAUUUGAAGAAAUGUAGACACUUCCCUCUAUAUCUAAAGAUCAAUUGAUAAACUAGAGUAAAAUUUUCAUUUUAAUCAUUAAGUCUAAACACAGACUUUUAGAAUAAACAUGUGGAAAGGCACAAGUUAAACUUACAAAGAAACUGAGAGUUUAGUAUUCUUGAUCAGACUUCAUAUUACAAAAAAGGGUCCCCUGAGGGAAAGCAAAUUAUACUCUAAUACUGCCUAAUUUCUUAAAAAAACAAAAAAGGAAAGCGAAAAAAAAACCUCUACUCCUAAUCAGAACAAUAUAAAUGGAAAAAGAAUUUGUCCACUAUAUAGAAUGAGAGAGCUCUUUAACGUCUGCAUGUCUAGCAUGUACUAUCUAUUACACAUCGAAGACAGUUAAGAAGUACAAUAACGUCAUAAUCUUCACUCUGUCAGUGAUAUUUCUGAUUAUUUCAACUACUCUUCUCUACUGCUAUACGAGUAUAUUGAAUAACAUGAACCUCGGCAAACAUACUUAAAUUUCAUAAAACUGUAAUUAAGAAGCUUAACAUAAGAUGAAAAACCUAUAAACAUUAGUAAUAUUUUAAUUAUAGUACAGCCUCACUAACACUCUACUAUGUGGUAUUAUUAAUGCAAAUAAUAAUUGACAAAAAAUACUCACUCUGAAAAAAACAAAAAUUUGAAAUUUAUUGACUUCUUGGGAUUUAUAAGGAAAUGUUACAUGAAAUCCUUCUAAAGUAUUGCACUAAACUAGAUCCCAAACAUUUAGACAACUUACGGAACCAAUGAAAAAUAACUCAGAAGAGUAGUUAUACAACCUAAAAGCUUUACAAAAAAAAAA